UGAAGGGUUGGAUGUUGUAUAUAGAAGUCUAAACGGUGCUUCCAUAUCCCUUACUUCUGACUGCAUUAAGUAAACCAGAUCAUUAUGAACAGCAUGGAAGGCAUUGUGCAUAAAACGGUGGAAGUGAACGGCAUCAAUAUGCACGUGGCUGAGAAAGGAGAUGGCCCGGUGGUGCUCUUCCUGCACGGCUUCCCCGAACUCUGGUACUCCUGGCGCCACCAGAUCCUGUCUCUCAGCUCCCGUGGCUACCGUGCGGUGGCUCCAGAUCUCCGCGGCUAUGGCGACACCGAUGCCCCGUCGUCGAUCAGCAGCUACACGUGCUUCCAACUCGUGGGUGACAUCGUGGCCCUCAUGGACUCUCUGGGUGUGGAUCAAGUGUUCCUCGUCGCUCAUGACUGGGGAGCCAUCCUGGGUUGGUACCUCUGCCUCUUCCGCCCUGAAAGAGUCAGAGCCUAUGUGUGUCUCAGUGUCCCCUUCCGACCUUUUCUGGGCAGAAGCCCCAAAGUCAGAACCGUAGAUGCCUUCCACGCCUUAUUCGGCGAUGACUACUACAUCUGUAGAUUCCAGGAACCGGGGAAGAUGGAAGCAGAGCUGGCUCGAGCUGGGACUUCAUAUGUGAUGAAGAAUAUUCUUACCACUCGACAGACGGGUCCCCCGAUCUUGCCGAAAGGAGAGUACGGGACUGGCUUCAAUCCCAAUACUCCAGAGGACUUGCCCUCCUGGCUCACUAAAGAAGAUCUCGCUUAUUAUGUUUCCAAAUUCGACAAGACCGGCUUCACUGGUGGCUUGAACUACUACAGAAAUCUCAACCUGGACUGGGAGCUGACCUCGCCGUGGAAUGGAGUAGGAAUCAGCGAUAAAAUUCCAGUAAGAUUCAUAACGGGCGAUGUUGACCUGGUGUACACAUCUGCUGGGAUGAAAAAGUACAUUCAUGGUGGUGGAUUCAAGAAAGAUGUGCCUAGUUUGGAGGAGGUAUUUGUGCAAAAGGGAGUGGCUCACUUUAACAAUCAGGAAGCAGCAGAAGACACCAGCAAUCUCAUUUAUGACUUCAUUUCCAAGUUCUGAUGCCUCUCUCCGUGCUCGAUCCAAUCAUUUAUUUGAUUCCCUGCAUUUUAAUUUGCCUUGUGUGUUUAUUGUAACAGGCUGUUUAUCUUUGAACAUCUUUCAACUCGUGGUUUUGCUUUUGUGUCCCCCAACAUGCUACCUAUCCAUGGAGGCUGGCUGGAGCCAUGCAUUCUACUGUAGUAUAUCUCUGACUGUUUUCUGACCUGGAGUAUACCUGUCUGUUUCAAUGACUUAUGCAACUAAGAUAUCGCGUAUUAA